UUCGAAUCUGCGCGCUAAGGAUCAAGUACCCUCAGCUCCUCUCUAACCUACCUACACUCCAUCAAGAUGGCUGCCUCCCCGAACAAGAAGCUCCGCGAAGCCUCGCAGCUGGACCAGCUCAAGCAGUUCACCACUGUGGUGGCUGACACGGGCGACUUCGAACAGAUCAACAAGUACAAGCCGCAGGACGCCACCACCAACCCGUCGCUGCUGUUCAAGGCUGCCCAGAUGGAGCAGUACUCGGCACUUGUGGACGACGCCGUCGCGUACGGCAAGGGCCUGUCGGCUGACCUUUCCGAGAAGGAGCGCCUGGGCUUCGUCAUUGACAAGCUGUCGGUGAACUUCGGCCUGGAGAUCCUCAAGGUCGUGCCAGGCUACGUGUCGACUGAGGUCGAUGCCCGCUUGAGCUUCGACACGGAGGGCACGAUCGCGCGCGCUCACCGCAUUAUCGAUCUGUACGAAAAGGCUGGCAUCAAGAAGGACCGCAUCCUCAUUAAGAUUGCCUCCACUUGGGAAGGUAUCCAGGCCUGCAAGCACCUGCAGAAGGAGGGCAUCUCCUGCAACAUGACGCUGCUCUUCGGCUUCGCCCAGGCUGUGGGUUGCGCUGAGGCUGGUGCCACUCUCAUUUCGCCCUUCGUGGGCCGUAUCCUUGACUGGCACAAGGCCAAGACCGGCAAGUCCAGCUACGAGUCCCACGAAGACCCUGGCGUCGUGUCUGUGACCAAGAUCUACCAGUACUACAAGAAGUACGGCUACAAGACUAUCGUCAUGGGCGCCAGCUUCCGUAACACUGGUGAGAUCACUGAGCUGGCUGGCUGUGACCGCCUGACUAUCUCCCCCGCACUCCUAGAGGAGCUGACCAAGUCGACGGCCCCUCUGGCAAAGAAGCUGGACUCCGAGACGGCCGCCAAGGCCUACACGGGCGAGAAGCUGUCGUACGACGAGAAGGACUUCCGUCUGAGCAUGAACGAGGACGCCAUGGCCACGGAGAAGCUCGCUGAGGGCAUCCGCGGCUUUAGCGCCGACAUUGUCAAGCUCGAGCAAAUCCUCAAGGCCAAGCUCAGCGCUUAAGGUAUCAUGGGCGUCAACCUCAACGUUUGGGUCAAUGACCCCAGCCAGUCGAGAUUAUAGGAAUUUCUGCGUCGAUGUUCCUAGUAAAUAUCUAGACAUCGUCGCACGAGUUUAACAAACAAACACCAUUGCUUUAUCUGUUGCUGCCUCAUCCUCAAGUUGAGGACCUCAACCAUGGAGGGAAGAAAUCUUUCGAUCUUUCAACAACAAGAUCGUCGUACUUAAAGGACGCUUUUAAGUACGAUUCACACUCAAAUAGCCGAAAGCCUCAAUUGGUUAU